CCUCGCUGCACGCCGCACGCUCCUUGCCCCGCACUCUCGCUCCCGCCCCGACACCUGUUCCGCGUCCUGCUCAUUCUACGACCGCCUUCCACACCGCCCGGCGCCGCGACCCAUCGGCAUCUGCCCGCGCACGCGACCCGCGACGUCGCCUCGCCCGCAGACGGCUCGUUGCUGCGUCUGACCUGCGCCGCCUGGCCGCCCGUGCAGGUGCGCCCCGGCUGCGGCUGCGCAGCGGGCUGCAGCGAGGCGUGGCGCUCUCAUGGCGCAGCGGCGUCCGUCGCGCCUCGCCGAGCACGUCACGCCCGCCGAGACGUCCGGCGCCGCACACGGCCUGGCGCUGCGCUCCGAUGACGGGCACGGCGGCAUGCCGGCGGCGACGGCGGCGGCGGCAGGGCGCAGGCCGUUUGCCACGACGCUGUCUGAUUUCCGCUUGACGGCUUCGCCGACGACGGCCGCCUCGCCGAUCAACAUUCCCGCGUCGCCGUCGCUGGCGCGUCCGGCGCCCGACCCCUCGUCGGAACAUCCCAACCCCUUUGUGCGCCGCGCCGCAGCGGCGGCGGCGGGCACGCGCUCCGGCGGGCGUCUGCGGCGCAGCAGCAUGCUGGGCAACGAGGUCAUCGCGCCCGCCCACGAGCGCACAGCAGACGCCUCGCCCAGUCCGCCGCGCGCGGCAGUGUCUGCGGCGCCCGUCUGGCCCUCUGCCGCAGAUGCAGACAUGAGCGACGCCGCACCCGACGGCGACGACCGCCCAGGCUCCAGCGUGCUCGGCGCUGCAGGCCGGGCCUCGCACUCAGCGCAGGUCCGCGCUGGUGCCUCGAGCCCCUCGCCGGCGCUGACCGCGUUCCACCGGCGUCGCAUGCCGCAGGCGCUGGCGGCGCACCGGCCGAGCCGCGGCACGCGGACACCCAACUCGGCCGGCUCGUCGUCGUCCUUCAGCUCGGCGCGCUCUGCCAGCGAAGGCGUCGAGGCGCCGCCGGUGCCGGAGAGCGCCGCGCGUGGCGCCGCCUCGGCGUGGAACGAGGCCCCACUCGUGCCGACCGUGGGCGACAUGGACGGCAUCGCCGGCUCACGCGUGUGGGAGGACGGCGGCGACGAGGACAUGGCGUCUGGGAGCGACAGCAAGUCACCGCAGACUGCGUCGUCCCCCGGCGGACGCUGGUCGCGCGGCGCGACCGUGCCGCCGCGCACUCCGCCGCCGCACGCUGCCGACGAGGCCGACACGGCGGAGCGUGCCGAGCGCGACACUGCGCGCUUUGGCACCAGUGCCAGCUCCGUCGGCGGCAGCACGCCGGGCGGGUCUGCGACGCGAACUGGCGUGGUGCGCCGCGCGGUGCACCGCCGCGCCAACCUCUUGCCCAAGGAUCGCAGCAUCGCGCGAGUCAUCGCUACGCUACAGGACGAGUCGCGCCCCACAGACAGCGAGCUGGCUUCCGAAGCGAAGCUGGCGCGCCGCCUCGGCGGCGAAGACUCGCCGCUGCCGCCCAACCCGCGCUUUGCCCGCGCAACGUCGCCGUUCGUCGCGUUCGGCGGCGGCAGUCCCGGCCUCGGCUUUGGUUGGCGCGCAGGCUCGGCGUGGUCGCGCCACGAGGACGACUCGGCGCUUGAGGGUGUGGGCUUCGGCAGCGGCGACAACAGCUGCCCGAGUAGCGACGACGAGGCCAUGUCCUCGUCGGCGCGCCGGCGCGCUGUCGAGAGCGACGAGGAGGUCAUGUCGGAUGGCAACCGCUCUGCGCGCAGCAGCGGCCUGGCCAUGGCCGGCGACACGUCCAGUCCCGCGCCAGGCUCAAUGGCCGCUCCGCCGCUCAGCUCCUCGGCCUCGGCGCGGCGCGGCACGCUCUGGAUGGGCUUUCGAGACGGCCGCACACGCGCCAGCCCUGGCGCCGAUCGCUUCCUGCGGCAGCGCACGCCUGGCUCGAGCUCGAUGGACAUCGAGAUCGCAAACGCUGGUGCGGGCGGCUCGCCUGGGCUUUGGGGCCGCUCGGCGAAGCGCAAGAUGGGCGCCGAAGAGCGCUACGACCCCUACGCUUCGAGCGCGUACAAGCGCCGCGCCGUCAGCCCGGCCACGCUGCUCACGAGCGGGCCUGGCCUCGUCAGCCCGAGCCUCGUCGCUUCUGCGGCCGGCUCGGGGUCGCUGCCCGUGCCGACGCCCCUCUCCAUUCCCUCGCCGACGAUCAGCUUCUCGGCUGCCAUGAGCAGCGCGGCCGCGUCUCGCGGCGGCGGGCCUUCGUACUUCACGCACGCGCGCCAGCCUGGCAGCGGCGCCCGCGGCCACUCGCGCAGCGGCAGUCCGGCAACGCGGCCAUCCACCCCUACGGGUGGGCCUGCGCCGGGCUUCGCAGGCUUUGGCGGCGCCGGCCCCUCGCCGUCGCUGCUGAGCACGUCGGCAGGCAGCGCGGCACAGGCAUCCGGCUCGGGCCCAGGCUACGGGAGCGGCGCGCUCGGGCUGAGCAUCGGCGGCAACUCGGCCGUCGCGAGCGGCAAGGUGCGCCUGUACCGCGACGAGGAGGACGGCGAGGAGAUGGACGAGGGCGUCAACGCCAUGACCCUGGACCCGGACUAGCGAGUCUGACGCAGCAGCACGCUCGAUGCCUCGACCCUCGUGCCCCUGCAACCCCACGCCCCACUGCAUUCCUGGCCGCCUGCGCUUCUCUGUCACCCUCGGUACCCAUGUGAUCGCGUACUGCAUCGUAAUACACUCAUCGCC